AUGUUUUCAAUAUCUAAUACCGUUACAGUUACAUUUAUUUUAACUUUGAGUUGCAGUUUAAAAUAUGCAUCUUCAAUUCUCUGCUACGAUUGCAACAGUGCAUUUGAUCCUCGCUGCGGGGAGGAGUUUGAUUCCUUCAGUUUGGGAAUAGUCAACUGUUCUUUACGAGAUCCUUUGGAGCACCUCCCUCCUAUAGAACCUACGUUGUGCCGCUCAAUCAAAAUGGAAAUUUACGGAAAAGUCCGCGUGGUACGGCAAUGUGGCUACAUAGCUGAUGAAGAUGCUGAGGAAAAGUCAUGUCAUAGACAAGCCAGUACGGGAGACGUUUUCGUCACUUACUGUUCGUGUACCACAGAUCUCUGCAACUCAGCGCAUUCAAUUAAUACUCAAAAGACAUUAAUACAAACAGCUAUGUUAUUCUUCAUUAGCUUGUAUAUUGUUAUUUAG